AUGUCCCAAUUGGCUAUGAUGAUGUUGGCUAUAGGAUCAAGUGCAUAUGACUUAGCUAUAUACCAUUUAUAUUGUCAUGCAUUCUUUAAAGCUUUAUUAUUUAUGUCAGCAGGAUCUAUUAUACAUAGUUAUAUGUCAGAAACUCAAGAUAUGCGUAAAUAUGGAGGUUUAAUAGAAUAUUUACCAUUUAGUUAUACUACUAUGUUUAUAGCAUCAUUAUCUUUAAUGGCUAUACCUGGUUUAACAGGUUAUUACUCUAAAGAUAUAAUAAUAGAAACAUUAUAUGGUACUUAUUCUGUUAGUGGUUAUAUAAUGUAUUACUUAGCUACAGCUUCAGCUACAUUAACAGCUAUUUACUCUACUAGAGUUUUAUAUUUAACUUUCUAUAAUGUUCCACGUGGUAAUAAAUUAACUUAUUCUAAUGUACAUGAAAGUACUCAUAUGGCUAUACCUAUGACUAUAUUAGCAAUAUAUAGUAUAUUCUUAGGUUACUAUAGAGAUAAUGUAACUUUCCAUUUAACAAUGGGAUUACCUCAUACUAAUACAUUUAUAGAAACUGAAUAUACAAUACCUGCUAUAUUUAAAUUAUUACCUUUAAUAUUAGGUUUAUCAUUAUCAUUAUUAUUAGUUUAUAUUUAUGAAUUCUCAUAUAAAAUUAAUAAAUCUAAUAUAUAUAAUUACUUUAACCAACGUAUAUAUUAUGAUCAAUUAUUAAAUAAUUUAGUAAUAAGAUCAGUAUUAAAUUUUGGUGGUAAAUUAAAUUAUUAUGUUGAUAAUGGUUUACUUAAAGUUUUAGGUAGUACAGGUAUAAGUAGAUUAUUAAUAAAUAUACCUAUAUUAUUAAUAAUAAAUUUAUUAUAUUUAUUCAUUGUUAUAUAUAACCCUCCCCCCCACGAAGGUGGGAGUGGUAUGGUAACCUCGAGUAGGUCAUGA